AAGGAAGUGCAAGUUGUGCAUCACACUUUGACAGCUGGCUCCUACUUCAGCAUCCAAAGAUGACUCUGAUGAUGAAAACUUGUUUCUUUUCUCUGGCCAUCCUGUUUCUUUGGCAAGUGCAAGAUGGGGCAGAAGCCUGCUCCUGCGUGAACAUUCCACCUGAGCAGGUUUUCUGCAGAGCAGAUAUGGUUUUCAGGGCAACGGUCAGGGGAAGGCGUCUGGUUGACACUGGGAAUGGCCCAAUGAAGAGUGUCAGAUAUGACGUCCAAGUGACUAAGUUGUUCAAAGGCUCUAGUAGGCAUUUUGAUGCGGUCUACACUUCUUCUUCUGUUGGAGCGUGUGGAGCUACUCUGAACGUUGGAGAACAACCGUAUGUUCUCACAGGCCGGAUGGAUGCUGAUGGGGCAGUGCAUAUCACAAUGUGUGACUUCCAUGCGCUGUGGGAUGACUUGACUUUUGCCCAAAGGAGGAAUCUGAAUCAAUGCGGUCAAAGUGCCUGUGUCUGCUAGAUCACCUCCUUCUUGAUCAGCAGCCCCUCAAAGUGACUUUGGACAGACUGGGUGACAGUGUCCAAGCCAAAAACUACAUUUGCAUCAAGAGGCCUGAUGAAUCAUGCUCCUGUUGCAGAGGCUCCACACCAUCUAAGAAGGACUGAUAAGCUUAGCUGCUGUCCUGACUGGUUUAAGAAAUCCUUCAUGCCUUGAGACAUCACUGUUUAGUUCCUUCCUUACUUCAAAAACAUCAUUUGUUUGAGCUUCAAUUUUAAUUUCCCAUAUUUUUCAAUAUCCAUUUAGAUCCUGUGUGCGUAGUUGGUUUUUUUUUUGUUUGUUUGUUUUUGUUUGUUUGUUUUUUGGGGGGGUGGGGGACAUGUCCACAAGCUUCUGUAACUCCAGAAUUCCU